GCUAUAAUAUUACUACCUUGUAACACAUGUUAUGACAUAUAUUCGAGGAUCCGCUGCGAUCUACAACUGCCCACCUCCCCAAUCCUGAGUUCAUCAUGUCCGGUUUUGCGAUUACGACACAUUUUGAUAUUGAUGUUGAUUUUGGAAGGCGGCCAAGCCUCAUUUCUCUUCGGCUCUUCGGGUGCAUCGCGCACGCUCAUGUCCCCGGAAAAGCUGUCGAAGGAAUCCACAUCAGAUUUAGGCGAGCGCUUGGGUGCUCUAUGAUCAUGAGAAGCGCCGGAUUAUAAAAGCGCGUGAGGUCGAGUUUUUCGAAACAGGGAGUAGCAAACGUGUCGGGAUGGAAAUGGAUGAUAAGGAGUAGGAAAGGAAUCUAAGUGCAUCAUAGAACGUCAGAAUGGC